GGAAGUACAGAGCGGCGCACUGGGUGCGUGGGCGCCAUGCUCCGCGACUGAUGGGUUGCAAAACCUUGGAGGAAAGCCGUGAUGCCAUCCUGGGAGAAGGUUUCCAGGUGUUACCCAGACAACCCUUGGUUUGUGCGCAUCUUCUCGGUUUGCAUCACCGUGACCGGAUGUGUUGCGGGCGCAAACUUCCUUCACAUUGCCAGCCUGGAAAGUUAUGACAUCGUCUCAGACAUGUAUGAAGUGCAGUCAAAGGGCGCGUCAGAGGAAGUAGGAUAUCUUCCUCCGAUGAGUCAAUCUGUGAGGUAUACGACGGUGAUUUGCAUCAUUGCGAGCUUUGCCAUGGCCCUCAUUGGAGUCAUGGGCUUUAUUGGCCAGAUGACCCACUCGUCCACAAGGCUAUGCGUCUACUCGGUGGGUUCACUGAUCCUGGCCCUGAUAAUGGCUUGGCGCUUGAUUUUCGCCUUUACGACUGUGCCUUUGUUGGACGCAGUGGUGGAUCGGCAAGUCACCGAAUGGUGCCUCCCUGCCAAUAGGCUGCUGUACUCUCGUGAGCUUGGGUGCGCAGGCGGUCAGCACUAUCUCGAACUCGAGCAGGAAGUGGGCCGCGAAUGUGGCCCGGAGUGCAAAUCCAGGGUGGCGGUCCUGCGAGACGUGGGUGGUUGCCGCUUCCUGAACAGGAUUUGCGAAGACCACUCUUUCGGCUUCGUGGGCAAGGGCAUGUGCUUGUACGAAUCUGACACUGGCAGCCUGGUGACGGCGCCCUAUCAGAAAAGUGUCCAGCCAACCACCAGCAGCUGCUGCAAGCUGGCCUGUGACAUGAUCAUCACCUGCAGAGGGUACAGCUUCGAAACCCAGAAGGAGGUCUUGAACUGGCACGGCGGCCGGGAGCUGGAAGGAGCGUGCAGUGUGGUGACAUCGCAGCAGAUCCCCACAGGAGGUGUGCCAGGCCGACGGCUCGGUGCGCUGGGAUCUAUGACUGGAAUGGUCCCUCAGCUCACGCAGGUCAAUCCUGGCAUGCUGGCGGCCAAGUACUCACAGGAGCAGGACAAAGAGUGGGAGCAGACACUGAAGGAGAUGUACACGAAGUGCGAAAACCCCUGGGAUUUCCGAGAGGGCAGCAGGGGCGUGAAGCCGUCUGACCCGUUGACACCUGUGCAACUGGUGGGCGGGGACAAACGCCGGCAGACUGCCUGCUGGCAGAAGGGUAGGCCGCGAGUUGUGGAGGAGACGCUGCAGGGCAACAUGUUCACUUGCGUCUUCGCAUCUGUGAACACCGCGCUGCUCCUUCUGGCCGCAAUUACCGGAUUCUUCUACCAGUAUGCGCUGGCCACGAAGAGGAGGGGCCGCAAAGGACUGGCCUUUGUGCUGCGGCAAAUGCUUUGCCCGUGCAUAUCGUACAACUCCAACAGAACCCGCAAGCUGGUGCACGGCGACGGAAUCAGUGACUCUGAGUCGGAAGGCUCUUUCAGCUCCACCAGCUCGGCCUCAUGGACGUGACGUACACCCGCAAGGUCAGCCCGCGUUGCAAAACAGAGGCUACCACGCCACACAUAGCCUUAGUUCCGCGUGGACUCGAUAGCCUGUUUCACUGAGCUCGUGAGCCAAGCCG